CCGAGACUUUCCUCUGAGCUGUGCAGAAGGCAGCAGUUCCCGCUGCGGAGCCCUGUCUCGGACUUUCUCGAGUUAUCCAAGGUUCGCCAAGGACCUGUACCUAGAUGUGCAAGAUUGCGGCGUACAGGAACUGUUCAUUGAUUUUGAUAUAAAUCAUAAAAAUCACCGGUCACCGAAGGAAGCAUGCAUCGGACUGACAGGGAUGCAGACACUACUCGUUCACACGAGACGUAAUGACAUUGAGCGCAUUUGACGUAGUGACGUAUACGACGUAAUGACAUCUCAAGAGGGAGACUGUCGGACGGACAUUCAGACGAGGAAAUUCAGUAUCGACUCUGCAUCUCUCUACCUCAAGCUACAAAUCAGAAUUGUGUAGAGCAUUCGCCCAUCCAAUCUCAGUCUUCCACCACCAAAUCUCUCAAGUUCCACGCCAAAUCUUCGAAAACAUGAAAGCAUCCGUUUCUAUCAUCGCUAUGCUUGGGCUCGUAGCUCACAUCAUCGCAGCUCCAACUCUAGGAUACGGCACUGGAAACCUGCUCAAAAGGGGAGAUUGUGUACAGUACAUGAUGGAAACGAGCCGAGCUGCAAAUGAACAGGCUGCUCAAGAUCUCUGCAAGUCUGCUCUUGGGCCAGAUGGAGAAGAAGCCCCAGGUAUGUCUGCCGACACAUGGUAG